AUGAAUGAAGACUGGCGUUUUGGUAAAAAAGCGCGUCUCAAGCUAUGUGCACCACGGAAAAAACCAAAUUUGGCUAACUUGAAACGGAAAAAACUCGAAGAUCAUGAAAAUAAUGAUGAGACAAAUGAAAUAAUUGUGGGACCAUCUACUUCGACUAUAUUUUGUUCCACAACCCCAGAAAAUACAUUGAUUACUACAAAUAUUCUAGCCACACCAAAAAAAAAAAACCCGAUGAAUGUCUCAAGAAAUUUAGAAAACUCUUUUUCAUACCCUUCACAAAAUGAAAUCAGCGUAAAAGUUAAUCCGUGGGAAACACUUGAAGGUAGACGAAUUGUAGAUAUCAAACAUCUAUUUCGUUCACUGCAAUCAAUUCACCAUCAAGGUUUUAAUUGUACUUUCCGUGAUUUGGAGUUUUUAAACGAAAUACGUAAGGGAUAUCUCAGCACUUUUCAAUUUAAAUGCAAAGUAUGUGGCAUUACAGAAAAUAUAAAUAAUGAGGAUGAGAUCUGUAACAGUAAAAAUGUUAAUAUUAAUAUGGCUAUAGUAAGCGCUACAGUUAAUACCGGACAAGGCUAUAGUCAAUUAGAAGAAUUUGCUGCGACAUUAAAUAUGCCCAAUAUGUGUAAUAGAACGUAUCAAGAUUUUCAUAAUACUAUGUAUAUGCAUAUGAACACCAUAGCAUUGAAUGAAAUGCAGUUAGCGGGACAAGAAGAAAAACGAUUAGCGCUAGAAAAUGGUCAAGUUGACCAUUUAGGACGACCUAAAAUUGCAGUAGUCGCUGAUGGCGCUUGGAGUAAGCGAUCUUACAAAACUAAAUACAACGCACUGUCCGGAGUUGCUUGUAUUAUUGGUGCAAAAACAAAAAAAGUUAUAUUUUGUGGAGUCAGAAACAAAUAUUGUUGUAUAUGUCAAUUAGCUGAAAACCGUGACGAAAUAGCACAGGAUCAUGUAUGUUUCAAAAAUUGGAAUUCGGCCUCAACCGCGAUGGAAGCCGAUAUUAUUGUUGAAGGGUUCAAGCAAAGUCUGCAUAUGCAUAAUGUUAUAUAUUCUCAGUUAAUAGGAGAUGGUGACAGUAGUAUUAUGAAACGUUUAAGAUUGGAAAAGCCAUAUGGUACAAAUGUUGUUAUAAAAAAAGUAGAAUGUACUAAUCAUUUACUACGUAACUACAUAAAUCGUCUUAGAGAUAUAAGUGGGAAAAGAAAAAAUGAUAAAGGAGAUGUCAUACCUGGUUGUUAUCGGAAAGUCGUUCAUGAUCGCUUACUUAGGCUUCGGUAUGCUGUCACUGAAGCGAUAAAAUAUAGAAGACUUGAACAAACAGACCGCACAUAUGAAGCAACACUGACUUUACUCAAAGCAGAUAUAACAAACGGACCUAAUCAUGUUUUCGGAGACCACACUAAAUGCCAAUCGUAUUUUUGUGAGGGUCAAAAGAAAGGAGAAGAAAACAUCGUACCCGAUUUAAAAAUCUUUGGUGUUUGGGAUGAUAUUUGUAGAGCCCGAAAUCUUCUAACUUAUCAUACCGAAAGUUUAAUGUAUGGAUAUAAUAACAAUUCAGCUGAACUUUAUAAUUCAAUUUUAACCAAAUAUGUCGGAGGGAAACGUGUAAAUUUUUCAUUGAAUGGGUCUUAUCAACUAAGGUGUAGCGCAGCAGUCACUGCAUAUAAUUCAGGACCAAACCGUCUUUCGUUGUUUAACAAACAUGUAACAAAUAAAAGCCCAGGGAUAUUUACAAAAAUGUAUAUUAAAAGGCAUAUAGUAAGAGCUGAAACUCGAAAACGACGGCGAUGUCUUUUUAGUGGACCAAAAAAUAGAAAAAAAUGUACAACAAUAGGAGGACCAGAUGAAAACUAUGGAAAUGUGUCUCAUGACCCACUUUCUGAACUUACUGAUGUUGAAAUCCAACAGUUAAAAAAUAAGUUCAUGGAAAAUUUAAAAUUAACUGAAAAACAAAUUAUAGACUUAGAAAUGAAUACUAAAAGACAACAUCAAUGUGAUGAAUGGCAUUUGGAGCGAAAAAAAAGACUCACUGCUUCAGUGUUUGGUAAAUUAUGUAAAAUGCGCCAAACCACGUCUCGCGAAAAGGUAAUAAAAGAAAUGUUGUAUGGGACUUUUAGUGGUAAUGCUGCUACGCGAUAUGGAAUUGCACACGAAGAUAUGGCUAAAGAAGAGUUGGAGAAAAUAAUUGGAAAAAAAAUUGAAAGUGCAGGUUUAUUUGUAGAUGCAAAUUUACAAUUUUUAGCGGCGUCUCCCGAUGGACUAAUAGACAAUGAUAGUCUCGUCGAAAUUAAAUGUCCAGCGUCUGCUAAGAGUUUUACUCCAGAAGAAGGAAUUUUAAUGAAAAAAAUAAAAAGUUGCACUAUUGAAAACGGUCAACUACAUCUAAAAAGAAAUGAUGGUUACUUUUAUCAAGUCCAGGGUCAACUGCACAUAACACGCAAAAUGUUUUGUUAUUUUUGUAUCUGGACACCUAAAGGUUUGAUGUAUGAAAAAAUUGAAAAAGACGAUGAUAUCUGGGAUAAAAAUAUGAAGUCUCAACUAACAACGUUUUUUACAGAAUACUUUUUAUCUGAAGUUUUAAAAGACAGUCUAAUAUUGAAUGAAUAA